AUGCUAAAUACACGUCUGGAUGCAAGACUAGAUGAGCAGAAUAUUAGGAGAGAAAGAGCGCUGCAAUUGAGACGACAAAGAGCUGGUCAUCUGGGUGAUGUCAGGAAUAAAUUUUCCGCUGUGAAGGAGUUGUUGAAUGAGGACACAAAUAUUGAAGUGCUUAAUAGAGAAGUUGAGAACUACGAGCGAGCCUUCUGUAAAUUUGUAGAUAUCCAUGAACAGUAUUUGACAUUUGAAGAUGAUGAAACCAAAAAUAGUCUCCAGAUUGAAAGUUAUGAGAAAAGUCAAAGAGACCUGAAGUAUGGGUUAGAAUUGACAAUAAAAAGAUUGAAUAAAGAUAGAGGAGAACUAGCUUCAUUGGAGGCUGCAGUGAGCCUUCACUCACAUUCUGGGAAGAGUAAAAAGAGUAGCAGAGCUUCAACCAAGAUGACUGCAAUCCGUGGAAGAAUUCAUGUGGAAGAAGCAAAUUUGAAAAUGAAAGAACUUCACCAAAGACAGGUUUUUUGGAAAACUUUAUUUAAACAGGUUAGCCUCUUUGAUUGA